AUGGCAGCUUGGACAACUGUGGCUCGUCAAGCCUCGAAUUUGACUUGCUUUUCAUCUACGAAAAUAGCUUCACCUCAUCAAGCCGCUUCUCUUGUUCACCGGCGCGGUCUAGCCAGUGGCGGUGAUCAUCAUGGUUCUCCAAAAGUGAACUUCUGGGAGGAUCCUUUGACCCCUUCUAAAUGGAAAGAAGAGCAAUUUGUUACUGUGUCUUUAGCUGGCUGCGGUACACUCAUCUAUGUAGGUUACAAGUUCUUCACUGGAGGCAAGAAUGACAAGAAGGAAGAGUCAACAGCAUUGCAGAUGAACAGUGAACAAAUGGAGGAGCCCUACACUCCAGUGGUUCCAACUUAUGAUGUAUCCAAGACUUGGCUUUCACCUGAGAAUGGUUGA